UAGUCAUUGUGUUGGAAAUACAAUUAUACUCUACACCAACAGAGUCACAUUUUAAACAAAUCAAUAGUUCAUUUUAAUAUUAGGAACACAGUAUACAGACUCAGUUGUUAAGGAUGUAAGCAGUCAUACUUUGAGCAUGCUUGUUUUGAACAUACUCUGAUACUGCAAAGUAACAGUCUGCAGUCGACUCAGAAUCCCUUUUGCAAAAAUAUUAUUUCAUCGGAGACCUAGUUUAUUAUAAUAGCAUUUUUCAUACACAGUAUACGUUUGUAAGCUCAGUAACUUACUCGAUUUCAUAGUAAAACUAGUUAGAAAAAAACAAUAACAUGUCCCUUUACUUACAUGCAAAAUGUUUCCCCUUUUCCUAAUCUACAUGUAUAACGCUAAUGGAAACAAAACAAAACCCACUUUUCAAUUGGACCGGCUACUCAUACUGGUUUGUAAUUUACAUAUUUAGGCUGUACAAGUCCAUAGCUGCUGUUUUCAAACGGGAUUGCGUUUUGAUUAGAGGUUGAAGUGACUCAUCACAUGAUUUAGGCUGAGCCAGGAAGAAGUGGUCAUAUGACCACCCGUACGUUACUUUGAGAGUGGAUACUGCAGAGGACUACGAUACGGUGUAUGAAAUUUAAAUAAUAAUAAUUCAUAAAGAGUAUUGUAUUUGUGUAUCGAGUUCCAUCGCGCUUAGUUGUGGCGAGGAUGUUGCCGCGCUGUUUGGCGUGUUUUGUGCUGCUUCUGUUCCCCAGCGCUUUGGGUCAGUACGAUCCAGAUGAAGUUUUAGAUCUUCCGGGGCUCUCCUUCAAACCCAACUUCAGGCAGUGGUCCGGGUACCUCAAGGCGAGCCCAGGAAAAUACUUACAUUACUGGUUUGUGACAUCCCAGAGAGACCCAGGGAGUGACCCCCUUGUCUUGUGGUUGAAUGGGGGGCCAGGCUGUAGCUCGCUGGACGGAUUCCUCUCUGAAAACGGACCUUUCCAUGUGAAUGAUGAUGGAGCCACCCUUUACCUAAACAAGUUCAGCUGGAACAAAGUUGCCAAUGUCUUGUACCUUGAGUCUCCUGCUGGGGUGGGCUACUCCUAUUCGGAUGACAAGAAUUACCAAACGAACGAUGAUGAGGUGGCCCAGAACAAUUACAAAGCCUUGCAGAGUUUCUUUGCCAAGUUUCCCAACUUCACCCAACAAGAUUUCUAUGUUUUUGGAGAGAGUUACGGCGGGAUUUACACUCCAAUGCUGAGCAUGCAGAUCGCCAGCGGCCCUGCCAAGAUCAACUUCAAGGGCUUUGCAGUUGGCAAUGGGCUAAGCAGUUACGCUCUCAAUGAUCAGUCUCUCAUCUACUUUGGAUACUACCACGGCCUCUUUGGGGAGCAGCUUUGGGCUGAUCUGAAUAGUAACUGCUGUAAGAAUGGGACGUGCAACUUCUACAACAGCACCCAGCAGAGCUGCUCUGAGUCGGUGAGGCAAGCGUUCAGUAUCGUGUAUGUGUCGGGGCUGAAUGUGUAUGCCCUGUACCUGGAUUGUGCAGGGGGAGUGGGGCCAUACAAACGCUUCCAGAGAGACAUGGGGCUCCUCUUCCAGAAUUACAGGCUUCGCUGGGAUAAAGCACUGCCCACAGGGGACGGUUUGAAAUCGGUGCCUCCCUGCAUCAACAGCACGGCUCAGAACAACUGGCUGAACAGAGGGGAUGUACGGAAGGCUCUGCACAUCCCAGACACUCUCCCAGCUUGGGAUAUCUGCAGUGACGUGGUUACGAGCCAGUACCAGAGGAGUUACACAACCAUGAUAGACUUCUAUCUGAAGCUACUGGCCCAGGGCCUGAGGGUGCUGGUGUACAACGGAGACACUGACAUGGCCUGCAACUUCCUGGGGGACCAGUGGUUUGUGGAGCAACUCAACAUGAAGAAAACCACAGAGUACCAGCACUGGCUGUAUGACAACCAAAUUGCCGGCUUCUAUGAACAGUUCAGCAACCUGACAUUCCUGACUGUAAAGGGCGCAGGGCACAUGGUGCCACAGUGGGCUCCGGGGCCGGCCCUCAAGAUGUUCCAGUCUUUCCUGACCAACUCUCCGUACUGACCACUGGCCUGUGCUGCUCUCCUGCUGCCUCCUCACCCUGGCCUCGCCCAAUAACUGCUAAUUACCUCUGAAUCCUCCUGUCCACCUCGCGCAGUCCUUGUAAAUUCUCCUCUUGCUCUUCUUGCACUUCACUCGGUCACAGCUUCGUUUGCAGAGUCCACACUUAAGCGGGUCUCCUGCCUCUUGUGUAAUCGGCAGUGGGGGAGGUUGAAAUUGACAACGCGCUCACAUGCACGCUUGAGGGAGGAGGCGCACUCAAAGAGUGGGCUCUGAAUACCAGUACAAGACCCUUAAGACACUCCAGAGGUUUUGCCACCUGUGUGGGGUUACGUCUAAGAAGCACUUUGAUUUCACUUUCCUGAAGAUCUGCUCGCUGUGGGUGUGAAAUGUCAAGAUCUGGCCUAAUGAGUGUAUUCUGCUUCUGUUUAGAUUCACCUUGUGUAAUUUUCUGUCAACACAUCCUGGUGACUUUUUAAUAACUAGAGUAAAGCACACCUGUGACCUGUAGCUCUCAGAAUCACGUCUAACCUCCAAGUACACUAGAGUGGAAGCAUUAACCUGCCCUCUGCAACACUGCCCCCAGUGGAUGGAAGAAAUACCACAUUUGUUCUAUGCAGUAUUUUUCUUACUGAUGUCUUUGUUACAGCUGGUGUACCAGAUACAUCUUUAAAGUACUUUAAUUGAACUAGUUUCUAAACUGCACUGUCAUAUUUUUUUAAAUCAUUAUGAAUCAGGAUGAUUUGUGUGAGGGUGUGUUGUUUUAUCUUAGAGAGCUGUAUUCUAUUCCUACAGUCAAACCUGGAUGUGGGAUUAUGUGGACAGUCCUCUCAUCAUGCAAUGCACACAGAUAUCAGGUUAUAAAAAAAAUCAAGAAUGAUUACUAUGUAUUUUGUUUAUUAAUAAAGGGUUGUUUUUUUUUAAAACACA